AUGCAUUCCGGAUUUUCUUCUCACAAAAAUGAAGAAUCUCUUCUCUGUUCGAACAAGGACUCACAGGAUACCAAUAGGCAUCAAGGUUAUCCAACCACUAAAUGUACGGAAGGAACAAAUGUGAACGAAACUCUUAUUCCAGCAGCGCCUUUAGACAACGAAGAAUGUAUGCAGUUUAAUACUAUUAAUAGGCAUAACGACGAAAACUGUACGAAAAACAAGGAGCAACAAAGAAACGUAAAUCCGAAACAACCAGAACAAGAUUCAUCUGACCUUAACAACAAUAAAGAACUACAUAUGAGAGAGAAUCAACAAAAGGAAUUUCCCAAAAAACAAGAUAUCAUUCAAAAACUAGCUCAGGUGCAGGAGGAGUACGAUGCACUGAGGACCUAUGUGAAUGAGGGUUUGAAGCCAUUAAUAUCGCGGCUAAAGCGAAUGAAUGCCGAAAAGGACCUGGACCUGCAUGCAAGUGCCAAGCUUAUUAGCGAACUGCAGCAGGCACAGCAUCCACCAUGCAGUUCUUCUGCGUUGGCAGACACGGAUGAUGUGGUCGGCCAACUUGCUCAGGUGCAGGAGGAGUACGAUGCACUCAAAACCUAUGUGAAUGAAGGUAUGAAGCCAUUAAUAUCGCGGCUAAAGCGAAUGAAUGCCGAAAAGGACCUGGACCUGCGUGCAAGUGCCAAGCUUAUUAGCGAACUGCAGCCUUACAAAGGCGAGGUUUAG